GUGAUCCAAACACGGAAGUAGCUCAAACGACUGCUGCGAAGGCAAAAAGUUUGGGCUCUUCGUUAGACGUAGAAGAUGUAGCCUGACGCGUAAUAUCACACGUCAACGGUUAAAACAACGGAACAAGUUGUUGACACGAUUCUCUUGAUGGCUGCCUCUUGGUUUCGUGUCGCCGUGCCGCUGUGUUUUGCGGUCUUAUCGGUCGCUGCCGCCAUCGUUGCACAGACGCACGCGAUGCCCGUGCGCCUGCUGCCCGCCGCCUUCGGGGCCUGCUCCCUGGCCGGGGCGAUCCUCGUGUGGAGGGACGUCCGCUCCAAGAUGAGGGGGGACACGCGGACGCUGGGCGGCCUGCUCGGCCAGUACGCGGCGGUGAAGGCCGUGGGCUGGCUCGGCCGGCGGCAGAGGGCGAGGCUCGAGGCGGACACCCGCGACGUGAAGCGGGUGCAGGAGGAGACGCUGCUGAGGCGCCUGCGCCGCGACGCCGACACGAGCUACGGGAGACGGCUCGACUUCUGCUCCAUGAAAGACAGCGUCAGCUUUCGGGCCCGUCACCCCAUCACCACGUACGAGCACUACAGAGAGCUCAUCCAACGCAUCGCUGCAGGAGAGGAGAAGCUGAUCAUUGCCGAGAAGCCCCUGAUCCUGGCCAUGACCUCCGGGACAUCAGGAUCCAGCGCCAUGCUACUCAGCACCAAAGACACCAACACCGAGUUCUUCCUGCAGGGAGUGACAGUGUGUUUGGAUGCCAUGCGCCAGGCAUUCCCUGCAACUGACAGCCUGCAGCGCACAACCAAGUUCUUCUACACACCUACCUUUCGCCAGUCAGAGGCCGGCAUUCGCAUUGGACCAAACUCCUCCACGCCCGCCUCCUCACGCCACAUGCUGAACCUCUAUACAACCCCAGCACCCGCCUUUGAGGUUCUCAAUGAAAAGGAUACCCUCUACCUGCACCUCCUGUUUGCUCUGAAGGAUCGGAGUGUGGGAAUGCUGGAGUCCAACUUUGCAUCCACAGUUUUCUAUGCUUUCAGUGCCCUUCAGGAACGUUGGCAGGAGCUCGUGGGGGACAUUGAGCAAGGGAAGGUGAGCAGCGCUCUGAAUCUGGAGCCCAGUGUGAGGGUCAGCCUCGAAGCUCUGAUGAAGCCAGACCCAGAGAGAGCCGCUCAGCUGCGGGCCCACUUCCAGGACGGCUUCAAGGGGAUCGCCAAGCGGCUGUGGCCUCACCUCCACCUGGUGCUGGCGGUGGACUCGGGCUCGAACCAGAUCUACGGGGAAAUGCUGAGGGAGAAUUACUGCCAGGGUGUGCCUUUCUACUCACCCUUUUAUGCUGCUACUGAAGGUCUGAUAGGGGUGAACCUGUGGCCCCAAGAGCCUAACAGACGCUAUCUGCUGUGUCCUCGCUCCAUGUUCUGCGAGUUCCUGCCAGAGAGCAGCCUGGAGGAGGAGACCCCUCACACUCUGCUGAUGGAGGAGGUGGAGGAGGGACAGAACUACGAGCUUGUCAUCACCAACGCUUCAGGACUCUUCAGAUACCGCGUCGGAGACAUUGUGAAAGUGGUUGGAUUCCAUAAUCAGUGUCCCAUUGUUGAGUUUCAGUACAGACGGGGCCAGAUGUUGAACGUUCGGGGCGAGAAGGUGUCCGAGGCGUUGUUCCUUCACGCUCUGAAGAAAGCUGUCGCCCAGUGGCCGGGAGCUCAACUGAUCGACUACUGCUGCGCUGAGAGUGGCAUCCUGGGAGAUUCAGCCGGCUGCUCAGAUCCUCACUACAAGGUGUUUGUAGAGCUGAAAGGUGUGAGAAACCUUACAGAGGAGCAGCGUUACAAGCUGGACAUCUGCCUGCAGCAGGACUCGGCCGUCUACAAGUCUUUCCGUACCAAGGGCAGCAUUGGGCCAAUGAGGGUGCAGCUGGUGGCGGACGGUGCGUUCAAGGAGCUCCGUAAGCAGAUGAUGGCUUUCUCAAACACCUCACCCAACACCUUCAAAAUGCAUCGGGUUCUGCGCAGGAAAGAAUUUGCCGAUUUCUUACUGGGAAAAACGGUUUCCUGAAACCUUCUCUUGUGGGGGAGUGAGAUGAAGCUUGUGACUCUCACUGUGGUGAGCGCCGACUGACUGAACGACGGAGUUGGUCAAUUGUGCCUUUGGCAACUGUCAAAAGACAAAAACACAUCAUUAAUUUUUGACUUUUAAAAAUGUUUAUCUGACUGAUCCCCCCCGUCCCCUCACCCCCUCAACCAUAUUAAUAAUUGUAUUAAAGCACAUUUUAAAAACG